AUGUCCCGCUACUUCCCGCACACGGCUUACGCAGAAGAGCAGCCCCUCUCCCACACGAUCCUAGGCGUCCAUGUCCUCACCCGGGGCUACACCACCGGCGCGAUAGUGGGUCUCGGCGCCGUGUCCGCCGGGAGCCUGUACUCCCGCCUCCGCGGCGCCGCCAAGCCAGCCGCUACCACAACAUCGCCAUCAGCAGCAGCAGCAGCGUCUACUACACUGCAAAAAGGUCUGCCGCGUCUCCUCCGCAAGACAGGCACAGCCUCCGCCGUCGGCCUGGGGCUUAUGGGCCUGGCCCUCGCAGGGAGGAUGCAAGGGCGCGAAGACAUUGAGUGGCGCGACCGCGCGUGGAGAUUGCUCGAGAACCCGGGGCAGUUGGAGACGGAUGACUGGACGUAUGGAGGUGCCGCGGCGGGGGUUGUCGCGCUUGGGGCGUGGCGGCUGGCGGGAGCCAAGGGAGUCGGCGGGCUGAGAGCGGCUGCUGGUGCGGCCGGGCUAGGAAGCGUCGCGGGGACGGUUGGAUACAUGGUCUGGAGGUACGGAAUGCACGCUGGCAAGUUUCCGGAGUAUGUUCCGGCUGAGAAGGUUGAGUUCGGGAGGGUAUGA